GGUCGUCUCUGUGACCGGCUUGGCGGUUGAAGCUACUGUCGCCAUGUUGUCUGUCGCUGCCCGCUCCGGUCCCUUCGCGCCGGUCCUGUCGGCCACGUCCCGCGGGGUGGCGGGCGCGCUGCGGCCCCUGGUGCAGGCCGCGGUGCCCGCCACCCCGGAACCGCCCGUGCUGGACGUGAAGCGACCCUUCCUGUGCCGGGAGUCGCUGAGUGGCCAGGCCGCGGCCCGGCCUUUGGUCGUCUCCGUGGGUCUUAAUGUCCCCGCCUCUGUCCGUUACUCCCAUACUGACGUCAGAGUGCCUGACUUCUCCGACUAUCGCCGCAGUGAAGUUCUAGAUAGCACCAAGUCUUCAAAAGACAGCAGCGAAGCUAGAAAAGGCUUCUCAUAUUUGGUAACAGCCACAGCUACUGUGGGCGUUGCAUACGCUGCCAAGAAUGCCGUCUCGCAGUUUGUUUCCAGCAUGAGUGCUUCAGCGGAUGUGUUGGCCAUGUCAAAAAUUGAAAUCAAGUUAUCUGAUAUUCCAGAAGGCAAAAACAUGGCUUUCAAAUGGAGAGGCAAACCCCUGUUUGUGCGCCACAGAACCCAGAAGGAAAUUGAACAGGAAGCAGCGGUCGAAGUGUCCCAGUUGAGGGACCCACAGCAUGAUUUAGACCGAGUGAAGAAACCUGAAUGGGUUAUCCUAAUAGGUGUCUGCACUCAUCUUGGUUGUGUACCCAUUGCAAAUGCAGGAGAUUAUGGUGGUUAUUACUGCCCUUGCCAUGGGUCGCACUAUGAUGCUUCUGGCAGGAUCCGGAAGGGGCCCGCACCCCUCAACCUUGAAGUUCCUGCCUACGAGUUCACUAGCGAUGACUUAGUCGUUGUGGGAUAGAGACCUGGCCUGGGCCUGUUUCAGUCUUCGCAUCCUUUUGAAAGAGAUGAGAGCGAGUCUUACGUAUCACCAGUUGGUUGAUUCGGAAUGUUAAGGAUGUUAAUAAUAUAUUUGCGAACGUUAAUGUGAAUUAACCUCAAUGUGGAAAUCUUUAAAGCAUUCAAUUAAAGCCAUUGUCAGACAUUGUUAAGCUCAGUUAUAGACUUGGAAGGUGCAAUGUCUUUGAUAGCUAAUUCUAAUUAAAAAUUAAAAUCUGA